AUGUGCAAUGGAAGAGUAUCUUUUUCAAAAAUACAGCUAGGCCUAGAGCAAAAUUCAUUUUGUGGGCAGCCUGCCACAACCGCCUUGCCACAAAAGAAAGACUGCACAGAUUUUGGCUUACUGAACUCCAUGACCUGCUGUUUCUGCGAUGCAAUUGAGACUUUGAAUCACCUGCUGUUUGAAUGCACGGGAACAAAGGCUAUUUGGCAAUAUGUGUUAGAUUGGCUGCAAAUUCACCAUGUGCCUCUUCGAUGGAAUGAGGAAAUGAGGUGGAUGAUGGCUAGAAGCAAGGGAAAGGGAUCCAAUUUGGCCAUUCUUAAAUGUGCUUUUACUGAAACUGUUUAUGAAACUUGGAUGUAUAGGAACAAGUAUAGCUUUGGAAACCAUAUUGUGAGUAGCACCAUUGGUCCUAAGAUAGUGGAUAUAGUGAUAUAUAGAUGUUGGAUGAACCAUAAACUUAGGCAACAUAUCGCUAAGUUGAUGAUGCCCUAG